UAUAUGUACUACUUUGUGAAUGAAUAUACAGUGCGUGUGAUUGUUCCACUGCAUGGUAUCAGAUACCUCGUUCUCUUUCCGAUCCAAACCUCUCGCUUCCGCCUCCCUCCCAAGGAUCUCUCUGAUCUGACCUCCGGUGGCUCCUCUGGCUCCAACCCGUUCGCCGCUUCGGCCAGCAAUCCGUUCGCCGCUCCGGCUAGCCUCCUCUCUGUUCCCCUCUCCACCAUCCUCACUCUCAACAUCCAUGGCCAAAUCCCCGUCACCCUCACCCUCACCCCUCCCAACUUCAAACUCUGGUGCUCCUUCUUCCACUCUCUCUUCAUGUCAUACGGCAUCUAUGACCACGUCGACGGCAGCGUCGACGCCAAGCACCGCCGCCACGACAUCGCCUGGACUCAGGUGGACUGGUGCAUCGUCCGCUGGUUGUACACCAUGCUUUCCGCGGAGCUCCAAGGUAUGGUUCCGCAGGACCAACCCUCUGCCUUCACCCUGUGGACGGCCAUCUGCAGCUUGUUCCUGGACAACCGCACUCAGCGCGGCCUGAUCGCCCUCGAGGAGUUCCACUCUCUUCGUCAGGAGCACCUCUCCGUCAUGGACUACUUCACCCGCCUGCAGACCCUCGCCGGCACCCUCCGCGACUGUGACAUGGCCGUCACGGACCGCGGCCUCGUCUCCAACAUGCUGCGCGGCCUCUCCAACAUGUUCAGUCACGCCAUCGGCACCAUGACGUACGACGAGACCAAGCUUCCGACGUUUCUCCAGGCGCGCUCCUAUCUGCUCCAGGAGGAGCGGCGCAUCGAUCGCGCGGUGGCCCAUGAGCCCGCCACCGCGCUCCACGUCGCGGCUCACGCCGCCGCCACGCCCGCGCCCACCCCGGCGCCCGCCCCGCCCGCUCCUCCGACAAACCCGGGCUCCUUCAACAACAACAACGGCCAGCGAGGCCGCAAGGGCCGCAAGGGCGGCAAUGGCGGCACCGGUGGCUCCGGCCCUCCUGCCGGCCACGGCAGGGCUAGCGGCCACGCCCCCGCCCUCCCACCUAGCGCGCCCAUGCGCCACCCUGCUCCCUUGUUCCCGGGGUUCAACCCCUGGACCGGCACCUUCCAGGCCUGGCCCGUGAUGCCGCGACCCUCUGGCGCCGGCGUGCUCGGCCCUCGCCCCUCCGCUCAUGGGCUCCUCGCGGCCACGGGCGCUGGACCCACGCCCACUCCUCCCGCUGCCACUUGGGACAUGUCCUCGCUCCAGCACGCCCUCCUCUCCAUGCCGCAACCCUACUCCGGCGGUGGUGACUGGUUCUUCGACACCGGCGCCACCUCUCACAUGGCCGCCGACCCUGGAUCUCACUUCCGGGACGGUGCUCUUCCGAUGUAACAGCUCCGGCGACCUGUAUCCUCUUCGCCCCACUGCCGACGAUCACCAGCACCACUCCGCCUUGCUCGCCGCCGUCUCCACCGACCUGUGGCACCAGCGACUUGGGCAUCCUGGCCGCGCCGCGUUAUCCGCAAUCACAUCUUCUUUUGAUUUUCAGUGUAAUAAAACGCAGGUUCAUACCUGCCAUGCAUGUCAGAUUGGCAAAACUGUUCGGCAGCCAUACUCUGCUUCUUCUUCCAUUGCUACUGCUCCAUUUCAUUUGUUACACUGUGAUGUAUGGACUUCUCCCAUCGUUAGCAACUCUGGCUUUGCUUAUUUUCUUGUCCUUCUA